GGCGUAAGUGAACAGGUCAAUGUAUAGGACAAGUGGCGUACAGUAGGAGAGCUCGACAACUAUAUCACGAGUGGUAGAUCGCAAACACCUUAGUGCCUGUGCUGUGUGAGUCUUAGUGCGCACGGGUGGGCCUAGCUACAAUCAUACGCAUACCAAGUGCAAGGGCUGUGGUAGUCGUGCACACAAUCAGAAGGGUUUUAUAACACAGUGCGUCUGUGUCUGUUGCAUUAUAGUUUAGAUUGACGUCAAAAUGGGCGUAGCAGUGCAAAACAACACCGACAAGAAGAAUGUCAAGCCGCGAUUCAAGAUCACCCCCGGGAAUGUGGUGGAGGCCAUUCAGGGCAGGAAGAACGGCAGGAGUGAGGACUAUCAGUUUAUAGUCGAAACAAUGAACAAGCAGAUAAAAACACAGCACGUGAUCAGUAUACUGAAGGGCAUGAGACAUUGCAUCUCAUCACUGACCACAGACAAUUGGGAACUCGUAUCUGCGACGCUAUCGCUCAAAUGGUGGCUCAUUUCCAAAGAAGUCCUGGAUGCGCAAGUAGCGUUGCUGGAGCACUUGAUAUCCGCGCACUCGGCACACAUCCGUCCAGUCAUCAAAUACAUCGUUCUCAACUUCCUGCCACCCAACGAACGCCCGGACUACGAAGACGUGUCAGAGGAUGAGGAGGAUGAGGAAGGGUCUGACCUUAAACCCAAGCAGCAGGGCGAUGCCCAACUGUUCCGCAACGGCCGCACACAGUAUGAGCUCUUCCACGACGCACACGACGCGUUAAUCCGUAUCACCAAUGCCGUGCCGGGGUGUGUUAAUAUCCUCCUGGAAGUGCUGAAGGAAAACUUCCCGCACAGACGCCGGUCAGCGUUUGCCAAUGAGAAGUAUCUGCGCAACUUCUUGACCGUGUUUUUGUACCUGCCGGUCCUGCGCAACCAAAUUCUCAGGUUUGCGGUGCACCGUCUGGUCAAACUGGAUGUGGAGAUCACCGAGUCUCUGCGUAACCUUGACGACGACGAGAGCAGCGACAACGACAGUGAAAGUGAUGAAGACGAUGACAGCGACGGCAGCGGCAGUGAGGAUGACAGCAGCAGCGUCAGUAGCACCGACCAGGACGUUUACAUGGAGAAUGAGGUGGACAUGACUGAGGCCGAAGGGUACGGUACCAGUGAGCAUGUGAGGGAAGACCAGCUGGUGUUGGUAGAUACUGUGGAAGGGGAUACAGGACCGAAUGAGUCCCGACAGCCGCUGGUCCAGGUGCAGGAGGGCGAGGUCGCGCAGGAGGCCCAGAAGAAGACCAUACCCCUGCCAGUAAUGGCGCACAAGCUGGAUCGCCUGAUGUGUGUGAUGUUCGAGUACCUGGAAGUGUCGUCUGCGAUUAAAGCCGGCGAGACCCCGGCCGAAAACCGAGAGAGGAUGAAGGGGGUGUUUGUGAGCAUGGUCGGCGCCUUCGAUGAUGUGUUACUGCCCACGUUCCAAAGCAAGUACGUGCAGUUUGUGCUGUUCAAGCUGUGCUCGUUCCAUGAGUCAAACCCACCCAUCUUCAUCAGCUUCCUGGAGAAGCGUCUGUAUAACCCGCGGGCCAAUCCGGUCGAGCGCAUUGCCGCGGCUGCGUAUGUGGGCGGCAUUGUCACGCGACACGCCUUCGUCACAGUACACACCGCCGCACACGCACUGCGCAAGAUGGCUGAGUUUAUCAGCAAGUACAUCGACACACACGACGACAAGCUACACCCGGGCAGUGUGGCCAAUCUGGUGGAACACCGGGUGUUUUACGGGGUCUGCCAGGCGGUGAUGUAUGUGCUGUGCUUCAAGCACGACGCCAUCAUGCGCGAGUACGGCGACGCGUGGGUGCGCAAGCUGCGGCUGGAGAAGAUGGUCAUCUGCAACCUCAACCCCAUGCAGAUUGUGCUCAAGUCCAUUGUGGAGGAGUUUGCGCGGGUCAUGAAGCUGCACCAGAUCGUGUACUGCUACGCCGUCAUCACACGCAACACAGCCAUGGUCAGCUCCGCCCAGGGCGCCAAGGAGUUCAGCGCUUUAGACUCCUUCUUCCCGUACGACCCGUACAACCUGCCUGAAAGCUCCAAGUAUGUGACCAACUACAUCGCCUGGGGCGAACGCAGUCCAGGGGACUACCCCACACAACCAGCCCUAGAGGACAACACAGCACACUACCCCACACAACGAGCCCUAGAGGACAACACAGCACACUACCCCACACAACCAGCCUUAGAGCAUAGCACAGCACACUACCUCACCAGCCGGCGAGAGAGUAAUGUAGACAUGGCCGACGCCAUGGCCAUAAAGGAAGAGAGCGUGGUAGCCGAACUGCCGAGCGCGCUUUCGGUCGCACAAGCACACGCACACAACGAUCAAUCGGUGGACGACCCAAAGGAUGAGGACCUGUUUCUUUCGGACGAAGCCGAAUUUGGUAUGGCCUUCGCGCGACAGAGUACGUUUGGGCGAAAGGACUCACAGAUUAGUGCGAAACUGAAAUUUAAACAUCAUAAGCGCAGCAAACGCGUGGCACGAACUGCGUCGUGGCUGUAGUGAGCGUGAUCAGGGGAAUGGGAUAAGGUAGUUAAGAGGUAUGAUAUAAGCGAUGCACAUUUAGUUAAAGAUAUGAUAUAUAAGAGACGCUAGUAUAGCCACACAGCACCUCACAGUCACGUAUACUCGCGCACACAUGUGUAGCCCUACACACGCACACGCACACGUUGGCUGUGUUUGGCCUGGCAAGCGACUGUGCGCCUGCCAUACGAAGGGUGUGUGGAUGCGCCUGGGAGGGCUGCACCUGGACUGCGCAAGUCAGGACCGGUGUGGCCAAAGAGACACCGGGGUGUUCUAUGCGCAAUGUACCCACCCUCCCGUGGGAAGGGCUCGGUGGCCGGUGUUGCGUUGUACAGAGUGCGGAGUUGAUGUGAAGUCCUUGAAGCCAGGGUUACCCAGGUUGUUUGAAACUAGGGACAAUUAAGUUGUUGGUUAGCCGCACAGUUAGUGUGGUCUGUGGACGAUGGUGCUCUGCGGUUGACUAUGAGCUGCGCACGUCGAGUGGUCUGUCGCAUCGCAGGGCCUUCUUUGCUGGCGCAGCCACAUCACAUCUUCAGAGGGGGUGCGUGUUCCUGAGUGUAUUGUGAUGAAGUCCACAUCACAUCGUAAGAGGGUGUACGUGGUUCUGAGUGUUUUGUGAUGAAGUUUAAGGACUGUAUCGACAAGGCCGCCCUGAGUGCGUAGUAUGAACAGCUACGCCUCACAAGACACUCAGCGAACGCCUGGGCACAGACGUAGCAGCCACGCGCCAGCCGUAUCGGCAGAAGACUUGUAGUA